GAACUUGUUCAAGCGCUUCACCUACACAUACAUCGCUCGACCUACAUGCUUUUCAGCUAAAUAAGUAGACUCGCUGUGUACCGACCUACAACGAAUCACUACCACAUUGUCUUCAUGUAUUAGCUGGGACUCUAAUGAACUACAGCAUUGACACUGGAGUAAUGCCUCGGAUUAACUUGUUGCGUGUCUGUCUGUCCUGUUGGUCACGUCUGCCAAAUCGCCACAUAUCGUCAGCUAGUAGCCUUGUCUCCAAAAGUACAAGCAUUCCGACCUUGACCUGUUCACCCUCGUGUGGUUUAAGAUGGCCAACCAUGAUGGAUCUGGCAGGACUUCCAAAAAAGCCUUUAGGACGACAGUACAGCAAUGAAAGUGCACCAAAGCAAUCAGCGCUGGAGUUAGAGCAGAAUGCAUUUUUUGAAAAGUACAGGCAUAAACUGAAGCAAAAACAAAGCGAAGCACCAGAGGAGUACCAUUCCAAGUUAGAAGAAAUGGAAGCAACAAAACAAGCUGAGCUAGAAAUGUUUAGGAAAGACUUAGCCCCACCUCCUGCUAAAACCAAAGGUGAUGAGCCAAGAACAGGAGCCAUCCCUGUCAGCUGGCCCCCAAAUAGUUUAAAUGAGAUAAUGAAGAUGGACCUGCUGAAAGACAAAACACCAGAAGAAAUUACACAUAUUUGGAAAGAAUACCAUGUAUCAAAAGAUUGUGUAUUUGGAGUUGUCAAGGAGAUGGACUAUGAGUAUCUGAUGGAGAAGUCUCGAGUCUGUCCUGUUUUUGUGUACCCACUGCCACGUCAGGAUGGAUUCGAGUUUAUUUUGUCACAGUUCAAUGGAAAAGAAGUGUUCUUCACCCCUCUUAUUAUGUACCAGACACAGAAAGAGAGCGCCUUAUCUUGUCUUACACUAACUCACUUCCAGGACCUUCAAAAGGACAAAGGUAUAGUUCUGAUGGCAGGCCAGUAUAACAGUGAUAUUCUGACAAAAAGUGAAGCCCUUAUUUUAGUAAAACAGAUGACAAUGUACUAUUGUCAGCCUGGUAUGGAACGAUUCAACCUGGUUCGCUUGUUCAACCAUAUGCCCGAGAAAUUUCAUUACCAGGAAAUUAUAUCAGAAUAUAAAAAGAUGAAGAAAAUGCUUGAGAUGGAGGUGUAGCAUUAACUGGUUUAUAGACAUUAUUUUGAAUAUUGACGCCAUAAUUGUACAUAUUAAAGACGGAAAACGUGUUUUUGAUUGGAUGUUGAUCACUUUACGUCUGUUGAAUACCCCCUGGGGUCUGCAUGUCAGUGUAUCAUUGCACUGUGUAACAUUUUCAAUGUAGACACAUAUCUUACAGUGCUAACAACUAAGUGUAUUGGAAAAUACUGAUAAAUGAUAUUUAAUUAAUUCAAAUUUUUAAUUUAGAAUACAAUAAAAUAAUGGAGAUUUCU